AUGGCUGAAUCGAAGAACGUCGCAUUGGUCUUCGGGGCAAGCGGUAUCUCCGGGUGGGCCGUCACCAAAUGUGCUCUCUCAUACCCUACGCCUACUACUUUUGACAGAGUGAUUGGUCUGACGAACAGGCCGUUGACCUUGGAUAAAAGCGGCCUGCCGAAUGAUCCUCGAUUGGAAUUGCAUUCUGGGGUGAACCUGCGGGGAACGCUUGACGAGGUCCUGUCCCAGUUGCAAGAGAAGGUCCCCAAUUUAGAGGAUGUCACUCACGUCUAUUAUCUUGCCUACUUCAAUGCGACUGCAUACUCCGUGGAUGUGAUGGCCAUCCGGGAUAUCAAUGAAGGAAUGACCUACAAUGCCGUCUAUGCUGUUGACCAAUUGUGCAAGAAUAUGAAGUUCUUCGUUCUUCAAACGGGAACAAAUAAUUAUGGUGUCGCUCUUUUUCGGUUCCAGGAGCACAUCGAAAUCAAUCCUCCUCUACGCGAAGACAACCCACGCAUUCCAUCGCCUUGGGGAGACGAGAUCUUCUACUAUGCCCAGGUUGAUCUCAUCAAGAAAGCAAAUGAAGGAAAGUCUUGGAAGUGGUGCGAGGUUCGGCCAGAUCAGAUCGUCGGCCACGUCCCCAUUCCAACAAGCAUGUCCUACGUCGAGCCUCUCGCUAUUUACUUGAUGCUCUACCGCUACGUGAAUGGGCCUGGUGCCGCUGCUGUCUUCCCAGGAUCUUAUAGGAAUUAUGUCCAUUCACAUACACCAUCCUCCCAAGAUAUCAUCGCCCACACGGAGCUCUACUUGUCUAUCGUAAAGCCAGAGCAGGCACAUAGAGAGACAUUCAACACAGCCGACAACAUUCGUGCAGAGUACGAUUUGCGUCCUCGCGAAAUUACCAACGAGACCUGGAUUUUCCUUUCAGCUGGAAUGACCUUCCUAGGCCGUGACCGCGACCUGUGUCUGGAUAAGAUUCGGAGCGUGGGUUUCACGGAAGAGUACCCAGUCGCACAUGGUUAUAUCAAGGUGCUAGAUCACCUAGCUCACGAAAAGAUUGUCGCCAGCAAGGACGUUUGGAAUAAAUAG